UCCUAACUAACCUCAUCAUGUCACUCGCCUCCUCCCAAUUCCUCGCUCAACGCAUCGUGCCUCCUCGCCGCUCCUCCGCUGCAUCUUUUUCUCCACCGUCCCCCUUGUCGAUCCGCUCUCUCGAUGUCUUCGCUGCAUACUCCGCCACGACCGACCGCUCGCACGCUGACCCGGCCACCGUCGCCUUCUCCCCCUCGUCCCCUUACUCUUCCUCCCUCUACGACGUGCUCGGCGUGUCCCCUACCGCCAGUCCCCCUGAGAUCAAGGCUGCUUACCGGAGUCUCGCCCUCAAGUGCCAUCCGGAUGUAGUCGCCACCGGCCGCCGGGGUGCGUCCGCCGACGAGUUCAUGCGAGUUCACGCGGCUUACUCCACCCUCUCGGACCCCGAAAAACGGGCAGACUACGAUCGCCGGCUUACCGACUCGGCAGCGUUGCUAGUCCGCGGACGCCGUCAAGCGUACGCCCGGAGCACUUCGUUCCCCGGCCACAGUCGCCGGACGUGGGAGACGGAUCAGUGCUGGUAGUCGGAGAAUCUAUUUGAUUCCCCAAUAAGGACUGCAUCAGAGAGUAUUACGACGGCCAGAUCUGUGCCGCUAAUCGUAUAAUACUCACAUGGUUGCAAAUUGGAGCUCGGAGUCAGCAUGAUCCAGAGCUUCCUCCGCCGCAACGACUGAACUUGCUGUUUCUAGAAGUUUCAGGUUUCAGCUUAACCUGAGAUGAAUUUUCUUCUGCCUUGAAUGCCUUUCUUUGUUGUUCUUGGACCAUGUCAAAGCUUCAAAGUAGUGUUGCAUUAUUUUGAUUUGUUACUCCAGAUCUCCGAAAGUUCAAACAUAUCCUUUUUACACGUAAAAGACUGAAUGCAAGUCUAAAGAUUUAUUUUAUUUAUUUGCUUGCCAACAACGAAGAAGCAAAGAAGGAAAGUGAUAUCUGCAAUAAUUGGUCUCUGGUUUUCGAAAAAGAGGAACGGUGGUGGAAACUUCAUGCACUUUUAUUUUAUUCAUGGACUGCGUGCCUGGAAAAAUGCCAUUUUACCUUCUGAAAGAACGGUCACAGUCUCCAUCAAUGCUGUGGCAAUAAAUCUAGAAGGCCAAAGAAAAAAGGCAAUAAAAAUAGACUCUUAAGUCUCACCUGCACUGGAGAAAAAAUUGGCAAUGCAAUGUUUCUUUAAAUUAUUGUACUUGAAUUGAUUGAUGCUGCUGUGGAUAUUCACUACUAUUUAGUGAGGAAGCCAUCAACAUCUGAUAACGAUUUUUGUGGGCAUAUCAUGCGCACUUGAUUUCUUGAUUACAUCGAUUCUUUCAUGGACGCCACUUGCUUGGUGCAACUGUGCGAGUGGGGACAAGGGCAUGAAAAAGGAAUGCAAUAAUGGAGGUGGAUAAUGAAGAGGCAAGUAGAGGCAAUUGGAUCAGUCAGUUUAGACACCACUGUGUAUAAGUUUAUUUGUUGACUUGGAAUUAUUAUGUUUGGAAUUUGUUUCGAUUAAAAUGUCCGAGUAGUUAAAUGAUUUAUCUGCUCGAUUGAAUC